AUGAACGGCCGAGACCGUCCCCGCGGACCUCCACCAAAUCGCGGGCCUGAUCCGCGUGUAAGCCCAAGUGAUAGCAACUUGUCAAAAGCGGACCAUUUCGACGACGAGAAGAAGCGCAUCAUCCAUAGUUGCUAUGCAAAGAAGGACGCCGACGGUACCUUGGUCGAGUCCUACAUAACCCACGUCCGCAUCGUCGAGGAUGCAGCCCACCCCUCCAGUCCUUCCCCGCCAAACGCAGCACCGGAGAACAAGAAACCCCGUGUCAUCAUCGUUUCGGUGCGAAGAUCAGGCCGGGUUCGUAUGCACAAAGCUCGUGAGAACAACGAUGGAUCUUUCUCAAUUGGAAAGACCUGGAUGCUCGACGACUUAACUGCGAUCCAAUCAUUUUCCGCUUUCGUCCCCCAAUCACCAACAGAACAACAACAGAAGGAAUGGGCUGGACACGUUGGAUUCACAGUCACGAUAGGAAAGCCUUACUACUGGCAUGCCAGAACCUCCAAGGAGAAGGAGUUCUUCAUUGGAAGCUUGGUCAAGAUCUUCAAGAAAUACACCAAUGGAAGAGUCCCAAACCUCAUCGGCUUCGAUGAAAGGGAGCGCCAACAACUGUUAGGGCCGGGACAACCUGGACCGUCAGGGCCGUCGAGCGGUCCCCCAUCAAGAGGAGCUGGGGCAAGUCCUGCGGAGGGUGCAGUGCCACCUUCACUACAACCGUCAUACCGAGGUCGUGAUCCUGGUCGCGAUGCACCGCGAGAGCAACCCCGAAGGAAGCCUUCUGAAGAUCCCGUCCUUCGUGCACAGAAGAGCCGCGAGCAGAUGUCCCGACCAUCUACAGGUUCUCGGCCGUCGACCGGCCAUGGAAAACCGGCACCGUCGCCCUUCGACCUGCCCAAAGCGUCUCCUUCGGGCCCUCAAGAGUUGCAACCUCCCCCACGCGCAACCGAGCGUCUCGCCUCAGACACAAAAGGCAAAGAUAUCCCUCCCGGUUCUAGCCAUAGCGGGAUUCCAGAUUCACUACGACCAGCCUCCUCCCGCAGUCAGGAUCACGGUCCCAAGCCUCCAGCUUUUGCCAUCCAAGGUCCUUCAGACAAGUCCCCAGAGUUGGUGCGCAGCACCGAUGGACUUCGUCCCAUUACACCUGCCUCCGCCGGCGACCAUCGGGAUGCAGUCCCAAGCCCAGUUAACAGCUUCGGGCAAAGGUCACCGCAACGCGAUGGUGGUGAUAAACCGUCUCCAUUGAAUCAACCGCCCUUGCCUCAAGAAAGAAGUGUGCCAGAGAGCCUAGCAGUUGCAGACCAACUAGAGUCGCGAGAAGCCUCUUACUCACCCGGAAUCGAGGACCUGGCCGCGGAGCCUGCUGCUUUAUACGCUGCCAAUAUGGCAUCAGAGGAGCCUGCUCAACUUGUUCAGCCCAUUGAGUCUACUAAAGAAAUUAGCCCUGCUGAAACCACCCCGACAGUGACCUCACCUAUAGAGGAACCCUCAUCUGAGCCCACUUCAGCCUCGGUGGGAGAAUCUGGAGAGCUCGACCCACAUCGUCCAGGCCUCGGUCCCAUGAUCAAGAAGAAGUCAGGCAAAGACAUUGCAGGUGCAUUCAGAAAAGCCGCAAAUGCUUACGGUGGUUUCAAACCUAGACCUGGUGGUGCUGGUGAGCGACUGCUGGCAGCCGCAAAGAAGUCACAAGCGGAGGAAGCCGGACCCGAUGGUAUCACCGGCGUUGUUCCGGCUCCCUCGCUUACCCGGUCUGCGACUGAUCCUCCCCAAAGUCCAGUGGCAGAGAAAUCAGAGAGAUCCGACAAGGAUCCGCAGCAGCCACCCUCUGGACCUGAAACACCAACUGUGGAAAUCACCGAACCACAGCUUGAUGAAGCUCCAGUCGCUCCUACGGUGCCCCCUGUACAGAUCCCCGACUCGUCCAAGAACACUCUCACGGAUGUUGUGCUGGUUGAGAACCGCUCGAGAACACCAUCUCCAUCUGGCCAAGGACGUCGUCGCAGACGUCGUGUGGACAAUACAUUGAAAUAUUGCCAGGCCCUUGGAAUCGAUCCGGGAGUUCUUGAUGGACGCGGUAUUGACUUUGAUGAUAUCCUUUCCGAUCUGGGGUGGAACGGCCGGUUGGCCGAUGAGCAGAAGAUUGAGGAUCUGGAAGCAGAUGUUCGUCGUGAAAUUGGUCGCGUCGAGGCCACCAGCUGGCUUGGCAAUCUUGAACAGCAGGAAGGAAAGGUUGAGCAACUUGCCAGUCUUAUCGACAGAACUAUUGAGGAGUGUGAUGAGCUUGAUGGUCUAUUGACCCUUUACUCCCAUGAGUUGAACACUCUCCACGAAGAUGUGGCGUACAUUGAAGCUCAAGGCCAAGGCCUGCAGGUGCAGACAGCCAAUCAGAAGCUUCUUCAGAACGAGCUCCAGAACCUAUUGAAGACUCUCUCAAUCUCUUCGUCUGAGCUAAGACCGCUUAAGGAGGCUUCAUUGAGCAACCUUGAUGGUCUCAAGGACAGUGAAAACGCUCUGUCGACAUUGUACAAGGCCAUGCUCACGAUCGACUCCGACAUUGGUCAAAACAAGAAGCGUCAGGUAGACUCUAGCGUCGGAGUCUAUGCCGAUACUGAGAUUGGCCAAAUGCGCGCAAUCAAGCAGAAGAAGGAAGAAUACCGCUCUACUGCCCUAGUUUUCCUCCAGCGCCUGAAGCAAUUCAUGGCUAUGGCUUUCAAGAUGGCAGAACAAAAACGAGCCGAUUCGACGGCAAAUGGUGCCAAGGAUGCAAUGAAGCUUGACACGGUCGCACGUGGCCACUUCCGUCAAGAGAUCUGGAAGUACAAUGCCCUGAUGCUCUUUGCUAAAGAAGUUAGCAUGGCAGAAUGGCAUGGUCUGGUCGGCCUCUACGAGCAACAGUCCAAGCCCUCGUACCAGGGUGACUUCCGGGACAACAAUCUGGCUUGGAAGAAAAUCGCUCGCAAGCCCACUGGAGAUGAACAGGAACUACUCUUUACCCACCAAGAGAAGGAGAAGGAAACUGAAGGUAUUACCAUGGCCGCGCGAAAAUUGACCGUGCGACGAGGCAAGACAGUACGAGCCGCCGCUGGUCUUCGAAUGGCUUCCGGCGAGAAGAAGCAAGGAAGGGUUGAGCCAUGCGAGGCCUUUUCGGGUACAUUGCGUGAGACACUGAAAAUGAUGGCUCAGGAACAGAACUUCAUUGUUCAAUUCUUCCACCUCGAUUCUCUUUCCAGCGCCGAGUUCUCUGAUCUAGUGUCAUCAUCAACUCCGGAACGCCGAACGUGUCCCGACUUCUCUGCCAGCCAGUCGCACGACCCUGAUCGUGGGAUGGCGAAGCGAGUGGAACAGAUCAUGGACGAGAUCUAUUCCUUCUGGCCCAAUGACAUGCAGAGCCUUGUGGAUUGGGCGAUGCAGGCUGAUCCUCUCCAAGGAAUCGGUAUCCUCUACGCUUUGGAGACCUCCAUGGCCGACUUUGACGACACAAAUCAAGAGUUCAUCCUUCACUCGCUACAAAAGAUCCACUCUCGCCUGAUGGGGUUGUUCAACCGAUUCGUCGAUGAACAGAUCCGAGGUAUCGAAGACACCAAAGUCAAGGUGAACAAGAGAAAGGGAGUAAUCUCCUUCAUGCGGGUAUUCCCCAACUUCUCCAACGCAGUCGAAACCAUUCUCUCAGGCUCAUCCGGCGAAAUGUGCGACAUCCGCGUCAGCGUCAACGACGCCUACGACCGCAUCAACCGCGCAAUGUGGGAGUCCCUCAAAUUCAUUGCCAAGGAAGCACCCGGCCAACCCCCAGGCGUCGCCACCGGCGGCGCCGGAGAUCCCGAAGACAAAGAAGUCCUAAACUACCACAUCCUCCUAAUCGAAAACAUGAACCACUACGUCGAAGAAGUUGACGUCCACAACAUCCCCUCCCUCGAACGCUGGACAGACCGCGCCCACCAAGACUUCCAAGAACACAUGAAGCUCUACCUCGACUCUGUCAUCCACCGCCCGCUAGGCAAACUCAUCGACUUCGUCCAAUCAAUCGAAAACCUCCUCGCUGCCGGCAGCAACCCAACCGACAUCGCAUCCCGCGCUAGCCACUCCCGCAUGGUGGCCAAGAAGGUCCUCUCCUCGUACGACAACAAGGAAGUCAAACGUGGCAUUGAGAUGCUGCGCAAGCGUGUUGACAAGCACUUUGGUGAUGCUGAUGAUCCUGGUCUCAGCCGUAGUCUGGUUCUCAAGGUUCUCCGCGCUUGCGAGCAGCGGUAUGAAGAUGCUUAUGACCGGACGCGCCGUAUCAUUGAUACUGUUUAUGAGGGUCAAUUGGAUCUGGAUUGGCGUAAGGAUGAGACUCUUAGCAUGUUCCAGAAAUGA